AUGUCAAAUAAUAGGAACACACAUUGGUGUUAUAGUUGCAGGAGGCCAGUUCGACUGGGGCGACGGGAUGUAGUUUGUCCUAGCUGCAAUGAGGGAUUUGUUCAUGAACUUAAUGAUAUGGUGCAUGUUAAUCCCUUUGACUUGUUUGGAAUGGACAACAAUGAAGAACGAGAUCAGAGGCUUGGACUCAUGGAAACCUUCUCUGCCUUCAUGAGGCAUCAAAUGGCAGAUAGGGGUCGAAGCCGGGACAUCAGGACGCGAACAGAUUCAAAUCCUGAACAAAGUGCAGGGUUUGCUCCUCUGUUGAUCUUUGGUGGCCAAAUACCUUUCAGAUUGUCAGGACACGGUGGCUUUGAAUCUCUGUUUAACGGGGCUCCUGGGAUAGGUCUGACACGAGGUAACACAGGUGAUUAUUUUAUUGGUCCUGGACUAGAAGAACUGUUUGAACAGCUUUCAGCUAAUAACAGGCAAGGUCCACCACCAGCAUCAAGUUCCUCAAUCGAUGCCAUGCCUACCAUCAAGAUCACACAGAGGCAUCUUCGAUCAGAUUCACAUUGUCCUGUGUGCAAAGAUAAAUUUGAGCUGGGGUCUGAAGCUAGAAAAAUGCCAUGCAACCAUUUAUAUCACUCAGAUUGUAUAGUUCCAUGGUUGGUCCAACAUAACUCCUGCCCUGUUUGCCGCCAAGAACUGCCACCACAAGGAUUGAGUAGUAACCGUGGCACAAAUGGUAGAAGUAGGAGUGGAAGGGUAAGUAGUAGUAGUGGUAGGGAGAGCCAAGGAAGGAGAAAUCCAUUUUCCUUUUUGUGGCCUUUUCGUUCUUCUCAUUCCAGCAGCAAUGAUGAAGGAACUGGAAGCAGCACACCAGCACCAACUAUCCCAGAGAAUAACCAUCAUGGAGGGUAUUCUGGGUGGCCAUUUGAAUGA